CCCAAUUCUUGAGAUCCAAAAUCUGCAGAUCCACUCACCACCAACUCCUCCAAUGUCUACCCCGGCUACAAAGUAUUUAUUACUCAAUCGUUACCAUUAGUUGAGUUUCAUCAAUUAGUCGCAUCAUGACUGCCAAGGACUCCCAACAGGCUCACGAAGAAGUCAUCAUCAAGCCUGCAACACUCACCGAUGCCAAUCGCAUCGCAGAGCUAGGCGCACAUGUCUUCACAAUAACAUUCGGGCACUCCGUCGAACCCCACGAACUGGCCGCCUUCCUCGAAGAAUCAUACACAGAAGCAUCCAUCAUCAACGACUUGAACGACCCAAACAAAGACGUAAUCAUCGCGACAAACUCCAACGAUGAUUUUCUCGGCUUCGCAUAUCUCACCCGAGGAAGCAGUGAACCUUGCGUAGAAAACAUGGAAAAAACCGUUGAACUGCAGAGGAUCUACGUACAUCCUGAUUCUCACGGCGCUGGUGUUGGAAAGACUUUGGAGAAGGCUAUUGAGAGUAUGGCUAAGGAGCAGGGGUUUGAGAAUUUGUGGCUGGGUGUUUGGGAGGAGAAUCCCAGGGCGAUAAGGGCGUAUGAGAAGUGGGGAUAUAAACAGGUCGGGGACCAUGAUUUUACUAUUGGGUCAAUUGUUCAGACUGAUCAUAUCAUGGUUAAGAGUUUGUAGAUGGAAUACACAUGAACAGGCAAUGAAUCAUGGAUUGAUGAAUUUGGCGUUAGAGAGUGGACUUGAAAUAUGGCACUUAGAU